GUUUUUUUCAAUUGUUCAAACCAACAGCAUUUUACUAGUCUCGCUUCAAUCCAAGCUUUGUGGACAUAGUUUGUAGAAGUCAUCCGUCUUGUAUGAUCUUCAAACGCACUAUGAGUGUUGGGACCCUGAGAGCCUUCCUUCUCUUGACAAUAUGCCACAGCGCCAGAAGAUGUUUGGCCUCCGCUCCGGAGCUGCACCAGCCACCCACAAGCAUUGCUGUGGUGGGCGCUGGAAUCGGUGGCACGGCCGCGGCGUUCUACCUGAGGCAGGAGUUCGGACCCACGGUCAAAAUAGAUGUAUUCGAACCCGGAGAUGUCGGCGGGCGACUGGCAACGGCCCGAAUGGCAAAUCAGGAAUAUGAGACAGGAGGUGUCGUUAUCCAUCCCCUCAACCUCCACAUGAAGCACUUCGUUGACAAAUUAGGCAUCUCCACGCGUCAGGAUGUCCCGUCGAAAAAGGCAGUCUUCAAUGGCAGCGAGCUCACUUUUGAGGAGAGCGACUGGUUCAUCGUCAACUUCUUGCGAAUGCUCUGGCGCUACGGCCUCAACUAUCUGUUCAUGCAGAUGUGGGUGGAGAGUGUUAUGGAUAAAUUUAUGAGGAUCUACCAGUACCAGCAGUACGGUUACUCCUUCACCAGCGUGGAGAGGCUCCUGCACGCCAUGGGCGGCGAUGAUUUCCUCAGUCUGAUGAAUCACUCGCUGGAGGAAACCAUGCGAGCCGAAGGAUUCACGCAGGUUUUCCUCAACGAUGUGGUGUCUCCCUUCACGCGCCAGACCUACGGCCAAAGUGUCCGUAUCAACGGCCUCGCAGGGGCUCUGUCACUGGCGUGGGCUGACUCAGGCCUGUGGGCGGUGGAUGGAGGUAACAAAAGAGUUUGCUCUGGGCUUCUUUACCACAGCAAGAGUGAACUCAUCCCAGCCAGAGUGACCAACGUUUCGUUCAAAGUCCGCCCAUCCAAGACAGGGCUCUCCACCGGCUUCUAUGAGGUCACUUAUGUUGGGGACACGGGUGCGGGGCACUCGACGUAUGACGUCGUUGUCAUAGCAACCCCACUUCACCAGGGCAAGUCUGACAUCUCCUUCUCAGGUCUGUCCUCACCAGUGGUGUCCCAGUUCCCCGGCAUUUACCACCAGGUGUUCUCCACUCUGGUCCACGGCGUGCUCAACACGUCCUACCUCGGAGUCACUCGGCCCGCCUCGGAGUUCACGGUGUCCGAAGUUCUCACCGCCGAUUCCAAAGACAACAUCAUGUACAGUUUGAUGUCCGUCGACCCGGUCCACGCCCCGGCCGGCUACAACCGACCCCCCGCCAGCCACAGCAAAGUGUGGAAAGUGUUUUCCCCUCGAGCGCUGGACCAGGAGGACCUCCGUCGUUUGUUCCUCUCAUGGGAUUCGGUAUCGCAGACUCCGUGGCUCGCCUACCCCACUUACCGCCCCCCUCAGCGUCAGACGCCGCCCUUCAUCCUCCACAACAGGCUCUACUACCUCAGCGCCGUCGAGUGGGCGGCCAGCUCCAUGGAGAUGAGCGCCAUCUCGGCCAGGAACGCGGCGCUGCUGGCGCACCACCGCUGGCACGAGCAGACGGGCCGGAUCGACCGAGAGGACCUGCACACGCGCUUGCGGGGGGAGCUCUGAAGAACACGGCUUUGGGCCUAAAACGUCAGGUAUCCGGGCGCUAUCAGGGUCAGACUCUUAUUUUCGAUGAACAAAAUUAUUUGGAUGUGAGGAUUUGAACAAAAACAUGUCUUGUUAUCGCUUCCAGAUGAACUGAUCCACACAGCGUAGGCAAAGUCUCGUGCCGUGCCGUUCCCUCAUUCAUUCGGUCCAAUCUUCAAAUCACCCGACCCGUCUGUUCGCUUUAAAAAAAUCCAACGAGUGCAAAAGUUUGCUCGUUUUUGUCGCGUCACGAUGGCCCCGCUCUCGCUUCAAGUCAGCCGCGCAACACCGGAACGCACGUUUCGCGGAAGAAAAAAAA